AUGAUUGGCCGGAUACAACUCGACUGGGCUUUGAUCACGGCCUUGAUUGAGCGGUGGCGACCGAAAACGCACACUUUCCAUCUGCCCAUCGGCGAGGCCACCAUCACACUCCAGGACGCUGAGAUUUUAUAUGGUCUGUCCGUUGAUGGCUUGCCAGUUUUACUGCCUGCGACCAUGAUAUAUUAUUCACGGCAGUCUUAUUGCGAUAUGCUGCACAUGCUCACAGGUUUUAGGCCGGAGGACGAGACUGUAGCAUCUGGGUCCAGUCGUAUGCAGUUGGUCCCCAUUAGAGACCACUUGGAGCAGAUCCACCAUACUAUCACCGACGAGUCAGUGGAGGUGGAUGUACAACGAUAUACGAGGCUGCCGUUGCUCCUUCUACUUAGGGGGGUCUUGUUCCCAAACACUUCGGGGAACCUAGUGAGCCUCCGUUUUCUGCAUCAUAUUGGCCGGAUCGAGGAUACAGCCAUCUACAGCUGGGGUGGUGCUGUCAUCUCAUAUUUGUACAAGCAGAUGUGUCGGGCUUGCAUCGACACACAAAGAGACGUUAGUGGCUUUCUGCCGCUUCUACAGCCUAUACCGAGUCCGCCUGUAUGGCUUGCUUUACAUUAUGAGAGGGAUGAUCGGUCCAGGGCGGACGACACAUUUAUGGCAUGGAUUUACGAGCAGUUGGGUACUUGGGAUAGGCGAGGGGAAUUGACCCCACCUCCGCAGCACUUUCCUAUUCAACAUUAUAUGGCAUGGUACUGCACUGUUUCCCGACUUUUUAUCGGGAACCCAGUUCAUCAG